AUGUCCACCAACCCGACCCCGUCCUCCUCCUCGUGGCAGCAGCGCGCUAAAGCGGCGUACGACCAGACGCAGGCCAAGAUCCCAGCAGACUGGCGCAUCGACGAGCGUCUCCUCGCGCCCGCCUGGGUCGAUGUCGCCGCGCAAGAUCCGGACGAGGUCGAGCAGCGAGUCGACGGCGUGCUCGCGUCGAGCGGGAUCCUGAGCGAGGACGAGUUGCGCAUCGUCCACAGCGACGCCACGGCCACCGUCAACAAGCUCCAGCGCGGCGAAUGGAGCGCCGUCGCCGUCGUGACGGCGUUCUGCAAGUCGGCUGCCAUCGCACAGCAGUUGUACAGGUGCUGCACCGAGCUCUUCUUCGACCGCGCCCUCAAGCGGGCACACGAGCUCGACGACCACUUCUCGAAGACCGGCAAGCCUGUCGGACCCUUGCAUGGCCUGCCAAUCAGCUUGAAGGACCAGCACGAGCUGAAGGGAAUGCGCAACACGAUCGGCUUCGUCUCCUGGCUCGACAAGCUGGCCGACGCAGACGGUCCUAUCGGCGCAGCUCUUGAAGCAGACGGAGCCGUCCUCUACGUCAAGAGCAACGUACCGACAUCCCUCUUCUCGUCCGACACCGUCAACCGGAUCUGGGGCCGCUGCUUGAACCCGCUGAACCGUCGACGCGGCGCUGGCGGUUCUUCCGGCGGCGAAGCGGCUCUCCUCGCUUCCUUCGCCUCUCCUCUGGGUCUCGGUAGCGACAUCGCCGGCUCAUGCCGCAUGCCCGCCGCGAUGUGCGGCGUGUACGGCUUCAAGCCAAGUUGCGGGAGGUUGCCCAUCCUCGGCGGCGCGGGAGUCGGCUCAGGCGCCGAGUUCGUCCUGCCUACGUGGGGACCGCUCGCGCGCUCGAUUCCGGAUCUCGCGCUGCUCAUGCGGUCGGUCAUCUCGUCCGAACCGUGGAAGAUCGACCCGACUUGCGUCCCGAUGCCUUGGACGCCCGUCAAGCUUGACCGUCCACUCAAGAUUGGCGUCUUGCGUGACAACGGCAUGGUCAGGCCGCAUCCGCCGAUCCGGCGAAUGCUCGACGAGACCGUCGAGAAGCUCAAGGCGGCCGGACAUGAAGUCAUCGAUUGGGACGUCGCCCCUCUCCACAUCAAAGCGCACAACCUCGCCUUCUCCUUCUUCCACCGAGACGGCGGCGCGAUGCUCGGCGCAACACUGCAGGACGAGCCGCACCUUCCGAACGUCUAUACCGGCCAGCCUGGAUCUGAGUUGUCGACCGAGGAGGUUUUUCAGUCUUACUGGGAAGCGUUUGGGCUGCGGAUCGAGUACCGCCAGCGCUGGAACGCCCUCAACCUCGACGCCGUCAUCUGCCCGAACGCCUCGCACGCCGCUGUCCCACACGACGACUACAACGACUGGACGCACACCUUGCCGUGGAACUUGCUUCAGUGUUGCGCGUUGGCGAUCCCGGUCGGCAAGAUCGAGGAGGGCGAUAUGGAGGUGAGCGAGGAGUACAGGAGGGAGGAGCCGCGGUCGUUCAACGCGUUCAAGGAGGGCUUGAAGAAGGUUAGGGGCGAGGAGGAGAAUCGAGCGAUGUGGCUUGACGACAAGCUCCGCCGCGACAGCCUCGGACUCCCUCUCUCGCUUCAGGUCGUCGCGCCGCACUGGAUGGACGAGCAGUGCCUCGCUGUCGGCGCUAUUAUUGACAAGAUCCUCAAGCAGUAG